AUGCCGUAGGAUUGAAAUUUUCAACCAAAUAGUUAUAUCGUGUCUCAAAAUCAACAAUAGAACUAAUAUUUUAACAUCACUCAAACAAUUGAACAAUUACUAAGUUUAUGAUUGUCUACAAAUUACGACUGAUAUCUUCUAGAUGGUAAACAACUAUGAAAUUAUGGUUAUGAUUGAAAAUUUCUUUAAUUCACGAUGCUUUCAUUAAAAAAUUUAAUAUAAAGAUGGGUAUAUUCAAAGGAUACUGGUUAUUAUUCUGCAGAGGUUAAGGUUGGAUCAAAUCAAGAUAAAGUACAAGUUAUUUUCGAUUCGGGUAGCUUUUAUCCUUCAAUAUCAGAUGUUGGUGUUGCAUGUACGGAUGGUUACUAACCAUUUGCAACUUUUAGAUCAGCAGAAUCAACAACUUUGAAAAAAGCAGGUAAAACAAUUACUAGUUUAUAUGGUUCAGAUGACGGUGCCAUGAUUGGUGAUCAAGUUUAUGUUCAAUUUACUAUGGGAGGUAUAAUUUUGAAUAACUUUCUGGACUCAGCUUAAAGAAGAGCUAGUAUUCUCGGUACUGGUAUUGAUGAAAAAUACAAUUUUGUUAUCAAUGCUUAUAAAGAAGGUAUUUUGAGCAAACCAAUGUAUUCAUUUUACUUAGGUGAUGAAAGUUUGCCAGGUAAAUUUCAUUCCGGAGGUUACGCCUCAGCAAAAUUAGAAGUAUUUAGUUGGCAUCCUUAUGAUAACACAUCCUGGCAAUAUAUGGUUAACUUUGAGUAUAUGAUCAUUGAUGGUAAAUAUAUUAUUAUUAUUCAAGUUAAAAUGGCUGAUAGUGGUAAUGAUGUUGGGGGAUUAGCAGAACCAGCUUAUUGAGAAAUUAUUGCACAAUUUCCAAAUGAAAGUGCUUAUAGUAAAAAACAUGCUUUGUUCAACUGUACUGAUUUAGAAGGUAAAACUUUUACUUAUUCAAUUAAUGGAAAAGAAAUGACAUUACCCUUAAAACCUUUUGUUUUACCAGAUCAAAAAGGUGAAUAUUGUUAUCAUUCAGAAGAUAAUUCUACUGUUAAUAAUUUAGGUGCAUGA